CCACAAAUCUUCUUUUCUAGUCUCUAUGUGUCCAUGUUGUUUGUGAACUAAUCUCAGCCCCUUUCUUUUUGGGAGUUUUUCGUGGCUGUCCACCUCUAACUUCUCUCUUCUCUCUUUCCCUUCUUGGCCUAAUUCUUCUUCAACUCUCUUUGUAUCAUUGCCACCUAUCUUACCCUUUCUUUCUCUUUUUUUAUUUUCCCCUUUUCAUCAGCCCUCUCUGGCCUUUCUUCUUCAUUCAAACUAAUUGUUUUUGCAUGGUUGGUUUCUUGGUUGUUACAUUUUUAGUAUGUCUAGAAUACUUCAAGAAAGAUAAUGGGCAAUGCAGCAGAAAGUUGAUGAGAAUUAACAGCCUUUUCUUUUGUAUCAGCUUUUAUCAAGAAAGGCAAAGGAAUUGGUUCUUCACAUUUGGGUUCUGCUGCUUCUAUCUAUAUUCAUUUUCAUCUCUUAGCAAAGGCUUGUUCUUGCAUUUGGCCAUUACACACUCUUCUAUGGGAACCAAAAUGAAGGGGAUCUGCAAAUAUAUCUCUAAUAUCUUUGUUGUGAAGGAGAGGGAAAUAGAGAUUGGAUAUCCAACUGAUGUUAAACAUGUGGCACAUAUUGGUUGGGAUGGACAAUCAGGCAAUGCACCUAGUUGGAUGAAUGAAUUCAAGACUGGGCCUGAUUUUGCAGCAACUUCCAUUGGUAAUUCUGGUUCUGCACAUUCUCCAUGGGCAUCUCAAGAUUACACAGAGUCAACAAGACAGCAACCAGUGUCUGACCUUUACAGGGAUGUAGCACCUACAGUGGUUCCUAAGAAACAGAAGCGGAGGAAGCCCAAGUCGACAUCCUCUCCCAGGUCUGGUUCAUCAUCCUCAUCAAGGUCAUCACGAGCAGAAAAAUCCAAGGCUAAAUUUGUUGAAGGCAAUGUUAAAGCAGUAAACAUAGAAGUGGCUUAGUGUUACAAACCUGUAGCUCAAACUGCUGAAUAUUCUGUCAUUGCCUAGCUAUCUAAUUUGUUCCGGAUUGAAGAGAAAGGCCGAGGAGGGUAUAGAAACUUGUGUAGAUGUAGAGAGUGUUACACUGCAAACGGUAUAAAGUAAUAUGGAACAAAACUAAAAAGUAGAAGGGCUUAGAGAUGUGAAACACAAGGUGAAAAACUUAAAACUUCCAAAACCAGGACAAUGUUUUGGGAGACUUACAAA